UAUAAUCAUUUCUGACAGUUUGUAUACAAUUUUCCUGCGAAACGGUUAAUUUGCAUUUUGCAUUUGUAAUAAAAAGUCUCGUGAAAACAAAAAAGUUUUCCUGGGGAAAAUUUUUCUAGAAGACGCAUAUCUGAGGUGCGCAAGUUCGUGACGUCAGUAAUUAAUCAGUACCCAGCAGUCAUUACUGUUUACGUAACAGACGAAUUCGAUACAAAACGACUUUAACGACUUAUCCACAUAUUUAUUUUUCGUGAGUGUUGUAAACUACUAUUUUAAUAUAAAAAAUGCCUCGCAGAGGACGAUCAGCCAGUCCUGUACCCCGUGCACCUGCAAGAUCGGUACCAGCCAGGAUACCUCAGCAGCAUGCUGCUGCAGCACAUCCUCCUGCAGCUCCACCUGCUACAGUAGCACCCCAGGCACAGCAACCAUCGUUGUUUGGCCAAAUGGCAGCUACUGCCGGAGGAGUUGCUGUUGGAUCUGCAAUAGGGCACACUGUUGGACAUGCUGUCACAGGGCUGUUUAGUGGAGGUGGUGGUAGUGAACCUGUAGCUGCUGCUCCCCAACAAGCUGCUCCAGCACAAGGGAGCAGCCCUUAUGCUGCAGAACAAAAUGGGCCAUGUGCAUGGGAAAUCAAACAAUUCUUAGAAUGUGCCUCAACACAGUCUGAUCUGACCCUGUGCCAAGGAUUCAAUGAGGCAAUUCAACAGUGCAAACUUAGGCAUGUGCUUCUUCGUGCGAAGGCACUACGGCGAGCACGAGUGUGUUUGUGUGCCAUCGGGCACACGUGCGCGUAUCGAUUCGCCGACUAG